AUGUUGGCCACCUCGAUGCUCCGACCUACUUUAUUGCGCUCUAUCGUUCGUUCGACCGGUUCGGGGUUCGCGCAACGUCAUAUGGCUGUGAGGACGGUCGUUAGUGAGUUCGAGGAGGAGGGGAGAAGAGGGAUAAGGGAUGGGAAGGGAGGGUGUGGACAGUAGGAAGAGCGAGGGAACCACGCUGAUGGAGAGGUAGUGCAUAGCAACGAAAACUGAUCUCUUUUCCCCGUGUUUGAUUUUGUCAGCGACGCGCUACACGAUCGAACACGAAUGGAUUCGCUUCGAUAGCUCCUCCUCCGUCGGCACGAUCGGCAUCACGGACUAUGCGCAGAAAUCACUCGGCGACGUCGUCUACGUCGAACUGCCUACACCCGAAACCCAAGUCGAGAAAGGCGAACAGAUCGGAGCGGUCGAGAGCGUCAAAGCGGCGUCGGAUAUUUAUGCACCCGUUUCGGGACAGAUUGAGGAAGUGAACGAUGCGUUGGGCGACGAGCCCGGCUUGUUGAACAAGAGUGCUCAGGACGAAGGUCGGUCAGCUUCACUUUUGCCUGGUGGUGGUUUCGGAUCAUGAGAUAGGCGGGAACUGAUUGGUCGAUCGUCGAUCAGGCUGGCUCGCCAAGAUCAAGUUGUCGAACCCGGCCGAAUUCGAACAGCUGUUGAACGACGAUGCGUACCAGGCGUUCUGCGCCGGAGCAGGUGAUGCUCAUUAG